AUGCCGGAUCCAACUUCUGUUGCUUGGGGUUUGUGCGAAGCAUCUGCAGAUCUCACGCACGAAGUCCUUGUUGCGUCCCCGGCGUUCACCGACGAGGACCCGAGCCAAACAAGGGCGUCUGCGACGGCCGGCGAGAUCCAGUCAGGAAACUCCGAAAAAAACGUGGUGAUGAGCGUGGACCUGGACCAGCCGGUGGUGCUUUUAACUUUCGCCCGGCGGAACGGAGAAUCUGAAGUUCUGAAGUUCACGUCGAGACCCUUAUUUUUCCGUAUUGCGCGCUCCCAUCCCUACUCUGUCACGGACAUUGCGGAAGGCUUCGGUAGCUCUACAUUGCAGACAGGAUGGGUGCUGACGCAUGUCAAUGGCGAGAAAAUGUCCGUUAACUGGCACCAGGCGUCACUUCUGCUCCGGUCGGCAAUCCAAGGGCUCCCUCAGACAAGUCGGAGUGAUCUGAAAGAGCCAGCGCCCAGCAAAGUCAGUCAGAAGUUUGGUCGGUCUUUGCCCUCAGCUAAGACAUCCAACCAGGCAGCAAUCUUCAUGGCUUGGGUGCCGCCAGCAGGUUCCGUGGAACAUAGCAUCAUGCACUACCAAAGUAGUUUGCUCCAAACCAUGCGCGCUGCAUAG